GCUCCUUUGACUCCACGUGCACCGUCUCCGGACUCGGUGCUUCGGAGCUUGACUCCGAAGCCCCGGAGUUACGUGCACCGGAAGUGACUUUUGGCCGUCCAGUGGAAGGAGUCAGUGACUCCUUGACUCCGGGGCCGCUACUGAACGCGCCGUGUUCGGCGGCGAGGCGUCGCCGUCUCGUCAAUUCGUCUUUUUCUUUAAUAGAGCUUUUUUUUUCGCCAGAAAGGCUGUAUCGGGAACACCGCGAUGCAUUCGAGCUCGCGGAGGAGAUCAUUUGGAAGCAAUACCGGCAAUACCGCCUGCCCAAGAUCGUGGUGCGGUGGUUGUGCGACGAACUUCGCGAGGAACCGGAGGUGAGGAGAGUGCGUACCUCGUGGACGGUCAUGACUGUGGAGCUUCAAGUGUUGUGUGCACUGCACUUCUACGGCACGGGGAGCUUCCAAGGCAUGGUGGCGAGCGACGAACACGUAGCGCGGGACCAAAAGACAGUCAGCGUUGCGGUCCGCGCCGUGUCCGUCGCUAUCGUGCGUCGUCUCGAGGUCCAGCGUGGCUGGAUCCACUUCGCCGAGACGCCGAGCGAGAGGUUCGACGCGGAGAAGCGCUUCAGGCUGCUCGGCAGGAUACCCGGCGUCAUUGGUUGCGUGGACGGGACCAUGGUCUCCAUCGUCGGCCCGUCCAAGAACGACCCCACCGUCACGAAGGCGGCGUACUGGUGCCGCAAGUACUUCUACCCUUCUACGCCCUCAACGUGAUGGUGGUGUGUGACGCCGACUGCCGGAUAAUGUGCAUCGACCCACGGUAUCCUGGGUCGGUGCACGACUCCUUCGUGUGGCAAUUUUCCUGGCUCCGAAACCAACUCGAGCAAGGGCAGGUGCCACGCGACGGCCGGUUCCUGCUUGGUGACAGCGGCUACCCCUUGGAGCCCUGGCUCAUCACCCCUGUCCCCGGGAACCACGCGACCUCCACCGCUUGCGGCCGGUUUAAUAAGGCGCAUUCCUCGAUCAGGUCUGUUGUGGAGCGCUGCAUCGGGCUGUUGAAAAACAGAUUCCGGUGUCUGCAAAGGCACCGGGCUCUGUAUUACCACCCCUCAACAGCCACCGCCAUUAUUUCGGCAUGUGCAGUGCUCCACUACAUCUGCCUUGCAUCGAGCGAGCCAGAACCGGAGUCAGACUCCGACCCUGAAGAGUCAGAGUUGGAGUCUGAGCCGAGCUCGGAGAGGUCAGCGUCGGCUCCCGAGAGGCUGGCUCCUGCCGGCCCUCCGGUCGGCCUUCCGGUCGGCCUCUCGGACAGGGGGAAGGCUCUGAGGCAGCGCCUUGUCGCCCGGUUCGGAACCCGUCGCAGACGUGCCCGUGCGGAGCGCCACACGCAAGGGGUCCGCCGCCACGACGGUAGUCCCGACCACCAGGGACUCCGUCGGGAAGCCCCUCAGCGCCCUCGCUGCGGUGGUGCCCAGCACGGACGCCGCCAGCGACAGGGAACCUCUCGCCACCACGACUGAGGUCCUGACCACCGAGGACCCCGUCACAUUCUUGCCCUCAGUGAAGCCCUCCCCGUGGAAGCCGUAAAGUGCACACUUCGCUUCCUGCUCCACAGUCAUGGCCGUCCACAAGCUACAUACUCUCUUCAGCUCCUACACCUUGCGAAGUUCGUCGCACAGCCAGCGUGCUGCCUCCGGAUACGUGUCGAGUGCAUCGCGGUGAAAUCGAUACAGCCUUUUUUUUAUUUUUAUGAGCAGAAGGCACGAGACGCAGUCGACAGUGACAGAAAAGGUUCGGAGGUUUAGUUGCCAGACCAACAGGUCAUCUGGAUUGCCCCUGCAAAGAACUCAGAAGUAAUUUAGACUACCUCUAGAAAGAAAUGCUUGCUUUUGCAGAGAUUGCUUUCUUAGUUGCUGAUUGAACCAGGGAUAUUGUUGUCAUGGACAUUGUUUCAUUUUACAAAUGCUUCAAAGCGUCUUGCCUUCUGCUCCAUUUUAUUAUCUCUCUUAUGGUACUUCAUCAAAGUUAGGUGAUUGUGUUAUCUCAAGACAGUGCACAUGUAGUUUGUUUUGAAAAUUGCUUUAUUUCUUAAAGAAAAACCUGUGACUUCAUGAAUAAAAGUGUGAUAACAUGGAAUG